AUGAGUCAGCCCCACCUCGAGUCGCUACUUGCGCACGGUACAGCCAGCUGUUUGCCGGCUCAGUUCUUUCGUGGAGGCGGCGGCGGCCUGCAAGCAUACGUGGCGGCACUUUUGUCGUUUCUGCAGCCUUGGCAGUGGUUGUGGAACGCGCAUCUCGUCAGCUUUUUCGAUCAGCGGCUGUGGGAACGCGUUGAUCCACGAUGGUUGGCAGCACUGUCGUCCUGCCACGUGUCGGAGCUGCUACUCGUUCCGUCUGGCCACGUGGCGGGUCCUGAUUGGCCGGAAGAUCUCGUUGACUUCAUCAAGAAUGCACGGAAUCUUUCACUUAGGAGAGAUAUGGCGACGAUGAGAGGCACAGGGGAACAGAAAGGGAGGAUAGAAGCUGAGUUGCGAGGAGAAAAUGGAGUUAAAAAGGUGACACGUGGCACCAGCAGACUGGCUGAGACGGUUGCAACGACACGUCAGCAGCGCAAUUUGCUGAACCCUGAACCCUGGCUCUCGUCAGUUUCUCGUGAGCUGACACGUGUGGACGCGUCGCACCACCACACGCGUGUGUUGCACACGCGUGCGGCGCGUGCCAGCAAGGCCUGCGGGAAAGAGGGGAGGCAGGGGAAAAGGGGGAAGGGGAAGAAGGAGGGGAAAGAGGGCGAGUGGAGGAAAGGGGGUGAGGCCACUGGAUCAAGUGAGAAGGAGAAGGAGGAGGAGAAGGGGUUAGCAGAACCAGCGGUUGGUGCUGGUGCAGUAGCAGGGGGGGGUUCCUGGCCCUGUGCUUCCGAACCUGGAUCAGAAGCAGGUACGGGUUUGGUGCUGAAUCCGAGGCUAGUGACCCGAACCAUAACUCUUGGCUCGGCAGCUGCCACGAUUGGUGCGCUGCUGAGAGGCGGUGGGGAGAGGAUGGGGGAGGAAGCAUGCGUGGAGGAGGGGAAAGGAGCGGAGGGAAACGGGGGGAAAGGGAAGGAGGAGGAUGAGGAGGAGAGGGAGGAUAGAAGUGGAGAAAGAGAGGCAAGCAAGGCAAGAAGCAGGGAGGAGAGUGAUGCGGAUGCAGAUGAAGUGAGUGGCAUGGUAGGAAACCCGUUGAGAAGCAACUGCAUGGAAAGCAACGGGAUGAAAAAUGACGGGAUGGAAAGAGGCAGCACAGAGGAACAUGGCGACAGCUGCAGCUGUAGCGUGCGGGGCAUGCUGGCGGGGCUGCAUGCAUGUGGCGACCUGACAGUGAGCGCACUGCGAGCCUUUGUGCUACAGCCGGAGGUCAGAGCCAUGGCCAUGGUGGGGUGCUGCUACAACCUGCUGUCGGAGCAAGGGGAGGCUGUAGGUGUUGGUGGUGGGGAGGGAAAGCAUGCUUCUUCGCUCCCUGCUCCUGCCACACCUGCUGAUUCCUAUCCUCAUCCGCUCCCUGCUGCUGCCCACCCGCCGCUGGUGCAGCCACUGCAGUCCCGGGAUUCUGACCCUUUCUCUACUCGUCUUGCUCCUGCUCAUGCUGCCGCCGAUGAUGCUUCUCCUCCUCCUGCUCUUACUUCUCCUGCUCCUGCUCCUCCGGCCGUUGUCCUGCCUCCGUUUGGCUUCCCCUGCUCCUCCUAUGUGCGCGCAUUUCCAACCUCCAUCGAACACACUGCCUCUGAUCCGCACACGUGUCAGCCUCUCAUUGGCCGCAACGGCCGUGACCUGGCGUGCCAGAGUGCGGACAGGUGGAGAGUAACCCCUCCUGAAGAGGCAGAGGGAAACUUUGAGGUGCAUGCCUUCCGGGCUGCACUGGAGGUGCUGAUCGUGCGGCAUCGUGCAGAUAAGGAAAAAGUUCCUGGUAAGGUAGAUGGUGAGGAGACAGGUUCCCUGGGUGGGAGUGAAGAGGGGCUGGAAGGGGGUGGAGGAGGAAGUGAGGAGGGAGGGGCGAGUGGGAUACGACAUCACCUCGAAGCCUUUUCCUCCUAUGCUCUCUCCGCGUGCCUCAAGCUGCGCAUCUCCCCGCCCCCAUCGCCGGCCCUCAUCGCCAGUGUCUGGGGCGAGGUCUCUCCUUACGCCCCCCUCGUGCGCGCCUUCUGGUGCCUGCGUGCCGUGCUGGCAGGCCCGCUGGAGUCCCUGCUCGUGGCUGAUCGGCUGCUGUGGCUGCAAGAAAUGGGGGGGCGGUUGAUGGUACAAGGAAAGGGAAGUGAGGUGGAGGAGCAUGAUGUUGAGAAGCAUGCAAGGGAGGAGGGGCAGGAGGAGGAGCGGGCGGGGGAGCAGCUGAACCAUCAGGUGAAAGUACAGGUGAAACAGCAGGUUGGGGGUUCGGAGAGCCGUGGGUUUCGGUAUGGUGUUGUUGCUCUGUUCCAACCGGAGAUGUCACCUCGCAACCUUGCCAUUGUAGCACUCAAGGAACAUCAGGGGUUGUGA